AAAAAAAUGGUCCAAAAGAACAAGAUGGAAAAUUCGAUCCACAAAUGGGUAUUUAUCCUCCAUUUCAGACCCUAAUUCUGACAUUCGAUACUCUGAAGAGGUUCAGAAGAUUUUGAUAUAGUUAGAAUGUUUGCAUUUUUCAAAUCAAUUUUCAAAUUUGGUGUUAUUUUCAAAAUUGUUUUAUAUUUUGUUUUAUUGACAGAAGUAAAUGUGGUAAAAGUCAGAAAGCCUACUCUCACUGCAAACCUGGUUAGCUUGUAUUUUUUAAAGCAAGUACGUCAUACACUAAUUCGAUAUCUCUUGAGGGGGUAGUAAGGGAUUUCAUUAGCUAACUAGCAGACUGUUUGCCAACUGACUAAUGACUAAUAAUUUUGUGAAACCAAUGACUUAUGACUAACCAUAUUAGUUUUUUGACUUAUAACUAAUGGAAAUUAUUCCUAGUGCCUGAUUUCCAAUAACUGAGGGCUCACACUUUGGAAAAAUUAAUUGAGCACUACCCUGUACUCCUUCCAAUCACAAUCGUUGUAACUGGAUAAAAGUAUCGAUGUGCUGGGUAUGGAAAAAAUAUUGGGUAUGGGGACGUUCAUAUAUUACGUAAUCAAAGAUGGGGAGGGGAGGGGGGACUUACAGAAAUGUUAUGGCUAUUACGUUCAUGAUGGCUCUUUGUGGAAGUUUGUUAAAAUAGUUGUUUAGGGAGAAGUGGAUUUUUCAAAUAUUGCCGAUUUUUUGAUUGUGUAGUAUGUGCACAUUCCUUGUGCUGUCUCUCUUGAAUAAUGGUCCUUUUUCUUUGGGCCAUCAACUAUCCCUUGAUAGUGAAAAUUGCUCUAAGUAUGAUAGAGGACAAUACUUUCUGAACGUGUUGUCCGUGGCAAGCUAUUCUAUUUUGCACCUUGCUUGUACGUUAACGGUCAGGGCCAUUUUAAAGAAGUCAUAACUAGGGGGGGUGUGGGACAAAUAUGAAAAGGAGAUUUUACUUUGGCCAAGAAUAAGAACUCCUCAGAAAACUUUGCACUUGUUAUUAGGUAUAGACUUUGGUACAAAAUUCAACUUGGAGCACCAUUUGUUGAGAAGUAGUCAUUAGUAAUGGUGACGGCUCUUGCAUGAUUAGUCAGCUUUGGUCAGAUCGAGUUAGAGUCGAGUUAGUGCUGGCGAGUAGUGUUCACUAGUAAGGUCGUUAGAGUGGAAGUUCUAUAAUCAUGCUAUGCUUGUAAAUAAACGUUGUAAAUAGUCUUGUUGUAAAUGUAAAUAGUAUGAAGUGGAGUUGGAUUUAUAUAAAUUUUCCUCAAUCGUGUUGAACGGCAAUCUACGAUUACAACACCAUUUUAAUGCUUUUUGUUCCCCCUCUUGACCUUUCAGUGAAAAUUCACUCUCAGUCGCAGAGGCUGUGGCAGCAGCUAACCUUUUUUGCCAGGGCUAGUUUAGUUGUCAGAGCUAGAAGCGACGAGAGAGCUCGUUUGAAAGCUCAGUUACCAACAAAUGCCUCUGUGAUGGAGAGUGGUGAAAAUUGACUGUACAUUGUCACUAGUUGUCCCCAAAAAGAAGUCCAAGGGAUUGCCUUUGUGCUGUUUUUUACCUUUUGAAACCUUCGUUUUCCCUGGGGCCCAUUGAUAAGCUUAUCUUUCCUGUUUUUCUGGUUGCAAUGACUUUUAGUUAGCUCCUUUGGUGAUUCCCUACAUGCUUUUUUUAUAAGAAACAAAACUCAGGAGGAUUAGUAUUCUUAAUUAUUUCAUGAUUCUAGUACUAAUAGUUUCUUGAAUAUAUCCUGUGGAAUUUAAACAACACUUGGCGAUUUGGAUGUAGUUUAUAUGUAACAGUAGCAGCCUCCAAGCUAGAUGCCAAAAUGCUGUUCUUUGUUACCUUUUGCUAUGGUGUGAAGUUUGUCAAGGAAAUGAUGACAACAACAGUAGCAAAUGGCAUGGCCUAAUAACAUGAAAUGUGGAUGGCAUGGUAGCAAACAACAGAACUAAAACCAACAUGCAAACAUCACGGUAUGUAAUGUAACUAAACCCAAUGAACCUAAAAUUAGAGUUUAACACUUGCUAGAAAGACUAUAAAUUGAAGAUGCUGCCCCCAGGAGGUUACUUAGGACCACAGCCUUUAAAAAUUAGGAGCAAUCACAUUUAGAGAAAUCAUGAGCAGCGUUCUUGAAAAUCUAGCAUUGAAAAAUUUACAAACGCUAUAAUCGCCCAUAAUGAUUCCAAUCAGAAAUAAAUAGUAACACAAACAAUCAAAUGAACGUUAACCCUUUAUCGACAGGUACCCUCUUUGGUCUCAUGCUUCAUUCAUUUUUCUGUGUUUAUGUCGUUCUUCCUUCUGCUCACUAAAUCGUUCUACCACUACAAAUAUGUCACAAACUACGUUUUAACUAGACAAAUAUUUACUUUACAUACAUGUUUCAUUUCUUAGUUUGAUAUACGUAACCAGUAACCGCCUUCUUAAAGGUCAGACAAUCAAGGAAAACAUGUGUCGUAAAUCCUCAAAUUAGCCCCAUCUGGGGGCUUAUUUGUUUUUAACAUUUUUUGAUUGGAGGGCGUUAUUCGAGAGGGGCUUAUACAAGGGGGGCUUAUGAAAUUAAAGUAGACAGAAAGAAGACAUUAAUAAAAUACCUCGUUUAUUUUAGUAGGAAUUUCUUUAUGAAAAAGUAUUAUUACCAAAAAUAUGAAUUUUUGUGGUAAUUCAAUAAAACGCCAAAGGCAACCCCAGAUGGCAAAAACAAACAAAUCGAGGGAGGCCAAUUCAAGGAUUUACGGCAGCAGUCAGGGACGCCUGCACAAGAUGAAGGCAGAAGGGGCAGUUUUGGUGCUGAAGGUAAAUGGUAUAAUUUUUUUCAACUGCCAUAAUUGAUUAUUUAUAAGGGAUGGAGUGGGAUGCAAAAUAAAAUAUUGACAUGGUUCUGUUCUACCCAUACAGCUGGGAUUUUUGCAACCAAAGGCUCUAAAAAUAGGCAAAAUGUUGACAAAAUUGUCCAUGGUAGUAGAUAUAAAGGCCUUUUCAUUAUUUUGAAUUUUGGGCAUUACAAAAAUCAAACAUGGCUGGCUGUAAGCAGUGGUGCAGUGCUAUCAUAAUAGCGAGGGGGACUCUUGCACAAAAUGUUGCGAAAUACAGUAUUGAAAGUAGAAAUUUGCCAAUUUUGAGCAUUAACAAGGAGGCUGAGCCCCUCUGAGCCCCCUAGUACUACACCCCUGGCUGUAAGACGUUUAUUGUCUGCUUAGUCUCAAUACUCAAUGGGUGCAGAAUCAUUGAGAGUGUAAAAAUAAUAACCGCAAUAAAUAGAUGUAAAUGGUGAUGGGCAAAAUAAUCAGUAUAUUUUAAGACGCCGUUGAUGUUUAUUACAUUAUUGAAAACUUCUUAAUUUUUCGUUAUCAAAAACCGACAGCAAAAAAAAGGGAAAUUUUCUUUUUGGAUUUCUUUUAAAAAAUUAACAUAAUGCGAGUUGCUAAACUAGUCAUCAAUCCUCUACAAGGUUCUAUAAUCUUUUCUUAGGAGUACAAAGCAAUGCGCCUUUCGGGAUCUGCUAUUCUGACCUACAUUUAUAAUUUUAUUUCCGGGAGCGGCCUCGCUUUCAAAAUAACGUCUCAUAUUCGGAUUGAUCCCAAUUAAUUAGAAUGUAAUUAAUCUUACGUCACAAUUUCGCGGCGUAACUACUACUAAAGAUAAGGCAUAGGUAACAUCUUUCUACUUCAUCGCAAGAAUCGUUCUGAGUUAGUCAGAGUUUAUUCAAGUGUGAUAUAAGGUGCUUUAGAAAGAAGAUUUGACGGAAUCGUGGUAUUUUGAAUCGCAAUCAAAAUGCCGAAAGCCUCGCGUAGAAGGCAAAGCAAUGGGGCAAAUGACUUCAGCAGCGAGAUUGAUACGCUCAGGGAGUCGAUGCAUUCUUUGGAAGACAAGUUGUGCAAAGUCGAAAAGGACAAGGAACAUUUGCGCUCUUUCAACCAAGUUCUCAUUGAAAAGCUGAAGAAUUCAACGGAAAUGGACCUUUGCCUAAAGGUCAUUUCCAUUCGGCAAAAAUUUGAGAAACAGAAGGAGAUAUCUAUGCUCCACGAGCAAAAGGUGGUUAGAAAAGGCCGUGCAUUUCAUGAAUCUUGUCUCAAGCAAGCGAGAAAGAGCUCGCAGGUUGAGAUAGGAAAGCGUGCAAAGAGUACCGACAGCGGAAUCGACAUCAUCGAGGGUGGAAACAAAAGUGAGGAUGAUCCUGACGUCAAUAGAGCCAGAAUUGAGGAAAUGGUCGCUAGAGAGGAGAAACAGAAGGGAGAAGUAAAAAAGCUUAAUGCGAAAAUUGAAGAGCUGUCUACACGAGAUGUAAUCAGGUCUGUUUGCAAUGAAAUGGUGAUUCAGGCUUUGCAAGAUGUUGUUAAGGAAGAGCAGGCAACAGCAAAUGCAAGACAUGGAGAUGAGAUCAAAGAGUUGCAAAAACAGCAUGAAGAGAAAAGGGUCCAUCUUGAAACAAAAAUAGAGGUUCUCAAUCAAAAUGAAGAUAUCCUCAAGAAAAGGAUUGAGGAAUUAGAGAAAGAGAUAGAGAAUCUGAAAACAGAAAAUCAAGAGCUGGUUGCAAGGGAAUUGACAAAAGCUGUUAGCAGCCAAGCUGUGAUUGAUUCAUUGGAAGAGAUUAUUGAGGAACAAGAAAAAUCAGUGGAAAGCAGAUUUCAAAAGAAAGAUAUACAACUAAAGUCAGUUGUUGAACAAAAUGAGAAGCUUCUUAAGAAACUGGCAGCAAUGGAGAAACGCGCCUUUUCAGCUGAAGAGGUUGUUGCUAAACAGUUAAGGGUGAUUGAGGAAAAGGACUGGGCUCUAGCUGAGGAAACAGAGAAGGGUAACAAGAUGAGGAAUGAAAUGGCUGCCAUGGAGGAGAAAUUGGAAGCCAUGGAGAGGGCAGCGAAUAAGUCUAAUGAACAAUUCCGAGCUAUGACAUUGAAGGUUGAAAAACUUUCGACAAGUCUGGGGCAAUGGCAAGAAAAGGCCGACCUGCAAGUGGCCGGAUGGACUUCAAAGAUUUCAAAACUUGAAGAAGAGAGAGGAUUGUUUGAAAAGGAAUGCUUAAGAGUUAGCCAAUGCCGCGUAGAGGAAACAGAGAAACACAUGGAGCACAUCAUGUCACUGGGUUUUGAUAUUAACUCCCUUCAAAAGAGUAAUGAAGACUUUGCAGCCGACAUCAUCAGCCUAGAGAGAGAGAAUGCUUCUUUGCGGCAAAAAUUGGAAGAAGAGGAACAGUCUAAAUUGGAUCUGGUACAGGAAGUCCGCCAGCUUCGAGACAACAUUCAAGAGCUUAAGUCAGAUAUAGAAGGCCUUAAGAGUAGGCGUAGAAGAAAAUGGUGGAGAAGGCUUGUGUCUUGCAGUUAAAGCAGUAACAGGCCACUGAUAGUGACAGCUUUUUAUUUAAAUGUAUUUGUUUCUAUUACCCACAAAAAUUUUCGUUGAUGGCAAUAUAUUGUGAUUAUGUAUUGAUUUGAAAGGAAUAAUGGUAUUGUAUUUUGUGUAUCUUACAGCCGUAGUGUAUUUAGAUACGUGUCAUUGCAGUUAUAAUGGGUCGUUUAUCCAGAACAGGCAAACAAGAUUAGGCUACAAAAGCGACAUGAUGCAAGGAGCUAUUACAAGAAAGGACAUGGUCAAAGAACUGUAGUUAAUCAGUUGGUCAGAAUUUGGAACAUUUUAGGACAAAUUGAGAAAACAUUGUCAUCAUGGUGCAGUGAAGAAUUUUUCAAAAUGAGAGACUUAUACUGGCAAUGUAAUGAGGGGAUGUGCGAAUGAACUCACGCUAUGAGAAAUUGCUUUGUAACAGUUUCAAUUAGGCCAAAUACCUCACUUACUGAAAUAUCAAACCUGACAAGGUUUAAGACAAUAAUGCAAGACGUCGUUGUUGUCUUAUGACGUCAUUGGUCGAUGUCUUCAUUUGAAUCAACCCUUUCUGUUCGAGGGAAUGACUUCCUUUUCAUGUUUAUACAUAUAGAAGGGAGUUCAAAAGCUAUAUAUAAAUGUAUUGACAAUUAUUUAUACAACUGUUUGUAUGGUCAAUAAGUGGGAGAAAUCCCUUGAAAAGCUUCAG